AGAAUAUUUCUUUCCCCUCUCUCCUCUCUGCCUCUCUCCAGCUUCGUUCUGAGCUGAACAAAAUUCACACAAUUCAUCUCAUCCCUCCCAAACCCCCAAAAUUAAUACAACCCAGAUCCAUAAAUUUUUCUUAAUUCCUGUGUUUGCCGCAUAAAGUCUGCAUCUUUACGGUGUUUACCUCCAGAAAAUGGAACCCGUAAUUUGUUUGCAGGUUUGUAGUGUCAAUUUAUACUAUUAAAUUUUUUGUUUUUAGGAGAUUUUUCCGUCGGUUACAAUCUCUGUAGCUUGUUUUCUUUUGCCCCUUUUCACUGGGUUUUAUGAUUUGGUUGACCUUGAUAAGCUAGGUUAUUACCCCCCCUUUCAUCAGCUGACCGGAAAAUCAAUUUUGAUUCUUUUAAGCAUUUUUCGCAAUAGAAGUUGGGGUUUUGAUUUUUUAACUGUUUAAUGAGCCAGUUUGAUUAGUGGGUAUUGGAUAUCGAGGGUCGAUGUAUUUGUGUUCAUGGCUGAAGUUAGGGUUUCAAUAGAUUGGGGCAAUUCUUGCUUGUCAUUAGUUUGAGGAGUUGGGUGUCUGAAUUUGGGGUUAUUCCGUGGAGAAUUUUUGUUGUUUUGGUGAAUUACAAUGGCGGAAGAGAAUGCUAAUACAAUGAACCUGGAUCUGAAUUUGGGGCCGGUUGAUAAUUCUAGUGAUGGUGGUGAGGGUGAGCCUCCGUUGGGAUCAUAUCCUAACGUUGCAAUGAACUUGGAGGAUUGGUUAGACGGUCCAGUUCAUCGUGUUAGGGAAGCUGUUAGGCAGAGAAAUCAUAGGUGGCGGUCAUUGUGGAGGCAGCUCCCGAUUCCCCCGGAAACUAGGAGCCUUGCUUUGGAAUUGAUUGGUGGGAGUGCACCAGAGAGUCAGACUGGUGAGGGUAGUGUAGCGUCCGAGGAGAGGCCUAUUGAGGUAGCUAAGAUAUGUGAGAACGCGACUGGUUCUGUGGAGGACGAGGAUCUUGGCAAGAGGAAAGAUGGUGGUAAGAGCAGUGGUGAUGAGGGGAGUUUCUUUGAUUGCAACAUAUGCUUGGAUUUGGCCAAGGAUCCCGUUGUCACUUGCUGCGGCCACUUGUUUUGCUGGCCGUGUCUCUACCGUUGGUUGCACCACCAUUCUGAUGCCAAGGAAUGCCCUGUGUGCAAGGGAGAGGUCACCACUAAAAACGUGACACCUAUAUAUGGCCGUGGCAAUGUUGUUCGCGACCAUGAUCUUGAUUCUAGCCUCAAGAUCCCUCUUAGGCCCCACGCCCGGCGGAUUGAGAGCUGGAGGCAGACUAUACAGAGGACUGCAACCGCCUUCACUAUUCCGGUGGAGGAGAUGAUCAGGCGCCUCGGGAGUGCCUUUGACUUAAACCGGGAGCUGGCUCAGAUACACUCCCGACACCCUGAUGGCCUCCGCGACUCACCAGAGAGAAGCACGGCUUUACUGAACCGGUUCUUGACCUCUAGAGGGAUGCGCAGAGAGAGAACUCCGACGCUCCCACUUGAUGAUGUGAUUGACCUAACUGAGAGCAGCCCUCCAAACUAUGAGAGGGAUAGGGAGAGGGAUACUCGUCGUCUCACAUCACUGCUGCUUCGCAGAUCAAGCUCCCAUCGAGCUGCUUCGCUGUCCAACCUCACUUCUGCAAUCAACUCAGCCGAGUCUCUUGCUGCCGUUGAGUCGUAUUUCCAGAGCAAUCCGGUGGAGAGGAAUCCAGAGCUGCCGCCACCGGUGGUGGAUGAUAGGGAUUCUGUGUCCAGCAUUGCUGCUGUCAUACACUCUGAGAGCCAAACCAUGGAUAAUGCCAUAGAAAUCGAUUCCACAGUCGCGCUCUCUACUUCCUCUUCAAGGAGGAGGAACGAUGCUUCUAGAAUAUCCGAUGUCGAUAGCGGAGAUUCUCGCGCCCCACGGCGGAGGAGGCUCAACUGAGUUGGUAUAUACCAGAGGGAUAGAGCGAUUCAAUUUGUGUUUCUAAGUGUUUACUAUGGAGGUUUUUUUACCUACACCAACUAGUAACUAUAUCAUGUUUCAAGUUUUGUUCCCUAGUUUAAGAUAUUGCCUUUUUCUUGUAAUUUAAUGUUUGUUCCAUCAAAUCAUAUAUGUAGCUUGUCAUAUUUGUGAUGAAAAGCGACAAAUUGGAGGUUGGUUUAUAGUUGCUCUUGCAAUCUUGCGAAA